AUGGCCUCAGCGCCGGCGAAAGCAAUGCGAGCAUGGCUCUACUCCAGUGCAUCAGGUGGCCUACACAAGAACUUGGCCCUUUCAGCCACAGCAGCUCACCCCCGCCCACAGUCGCCGCCCAGCCUGUCGAAAGAUGAGCUGUUGGUCCGAGUGCGGGCGGCCGGCCUCAACCCCAUCGACUACAAGAUAGCCGAGCUUCCCUACGCCAUGUCUCGCGCUAUGAUCUCCGUGCCGGCCAGCCCCGCGAUGGACUUCGCGGGCACCGUCGUCGCCCACGGCCCUUCGGUCGAGUUCCCAACCCAAGCAUCGUGCCCCACGUCCCGGGUGGCCUCUCUUCUUCCGGGCGGCGCCUCUCCGUUCCGCGUCUUCAUCAACGGCGGCAGCGGUGGCACGGGCACGUUUGGGAUCCAGAUCGCCAAGCUCCUGGGCUGCCACGUCACUGCGUCGUGCUCCGCACAGAAUGUCGAGCUGUGCAGGAGCCUCGGGGCGGACGAGGUGCUGGACUACACAGAGGGCGACCUGGUCGGCACGCUGAAAGCCAAGGGCCAGGUGUUCGACCUCGUCGUCGACAAUGUGGGUUCCUCUCCCAGGGACCUGUACUCGGCCUGCGGCGAGUUCCUCAAACCGAGCGGCCAGUUCGUGCAGGUUGGCGCGGGCAUGUCGAUGGCUGACAUGAAGCUCAUGACGUCGCGCAUGAUGCUUCCAUCAUUUCUCGGUGGCGGAUCCAGAAAGUUCUCGUUGGCGGUCGCAAAGAACAAGCACGAGGACCUCGCCCGUCUCGGCGAGUGGAUCGCAGCCGGCAAGAUUAAGGUCGUGGUGGAUGAGGUUUUCGAGUUUGAGGAUGCGCCGAAGGCGUAUGAGAAACUCAGGACAGGAAGGGCAAGGGGCAAGAUUAUUGUGAAGGGUGCACCGUGA